GCCCUGAGUUCGUCAAGAUGCACAGAAGUGUCUGGUUGAGAAGCCUGUGAAGUAGAAGACAAGACCCUGCCGCAAGCAGCGUACAUGAGAAUAAUUUUAAAGGCACCUAUCAGUACAUGCAAACCUGUAGCUACUGGAGAUGAUGGACAUGUACUGGAACAAGGGGAGAAGCCAGUAGCUUGUAGGAAGCCAAGAUGACAAGAAUUUUGUAAUCAAAAGAAGACUCUGAUUCAACAAUGAGGUGACUUAAUGCUCUGGACAGCUAGAUGAAGUGUUUAAAAACUGCCCUGACCAUCUUGCCAAACAAAUCUCUGCUCCCGAGGCCGGCCAGGAUGAAUGAGCCAAGGAGGGACAGCAUCCUGCCCUGUAGGAACAGUGACUGCUGACCUGCCGAGAGCCAGCUGGAGACCGCACGGUGUCUGCCAGUACAAUGAAGGAGGUGGUUUAUUGGUCACCCAAGAAGGUGGCUGACUGGCUGUUGGAGAAUGCGAUGCCAGAAUACUGUGAGCCUCUUGAACAUUUCACAGGCCGGGACUUGAUCAACCUAACCCAAGAGGAUUUCAAAAAGCCCCCCUUGUGCCGAGUCUCCUCUGACAACGGGCAGCGGCUCUUGGACAUGGUAGAGACCCUGAAAAUGGAGCACCACAUGGAAGCACACAAGAACGGCCAUGCCAACGGGCACCUCAGCAUCGACACCGACGUCCCCACCCCUAGCAGCAGCUUCAACAUCAAGGUCAAACCCAACGGGAUGCCAAACGGGUUUAGAAAGGAAAUGAUCAGGAUCCCCAUGCCAGAGCCAGAGCGCUCCCAGUACCCCAUGGAAUGGGGCAAGACUUUGCUGGCCUUUGUGUAUGCACUUUUCUGUUUUGUUCUCACCACAGUGAUGAUCUCGGUCGUCCAUGAACGAGUACCUCCCAAGGAGGUGCAGCCUCCACUCCCGGACACAUUUUUUGACCAUUUUAACCGGGUGCAGUGGGCCUUUUCUAUUUGUGAAAUUAAUGGCAUGAUCCUUGUAGGACUCUGGUUAAUUCAGUGGCUGCUCUUAAAAUACAAGUCUAUUAUUAGCAGAAGAUUUUUCUGCAUAGUUGGCACGCUGUACCUGUAUCGGUGUAUUACAAUGUAUGUAACUACACUCCCAGUACCCGGUAUGCAUUUCAACUGUUCUCCGAAGCUUUUUGGAGACUGGGAAGCCCAACUGCGGAGAAUAAUGAAGCUCAUCGCUGGAGGUGGCCUAUCCAUUACCGGCUCUCACAACAUGUGUGGGGACUAUCUGUACAGCGGUCACACGGUCAUGCUCACACUCACUUACUUAUUUAUCAAAGAGUAUUCCCCUCGGCGACUCUGGUGGUACCACUGGAUCUGCUGGCUUCUCAGCGUGGCUGGAAUCUUCUGUAUUCUCUUGGCGCAUGACCACUACACUGUGGACGUGGUGGUGGCAUAUUACGUCACCACGAGACUCUUCUGGUGGUAUCACACUAUGGCCAAUCAGCAAGUGCUAAAGGAAGCUUCUCAGACGAACCUCCUGGCCAGGGUAUGGUGGUACCGGCCCUUUCAAUACUUUGAAAAGAACGUUCAAGGAAUUGUACCUCGGUCCUACCACUGGCCCUUCCCCUGGCCAGUGGUCCACCUCGGAAGGCAAGUGAAGUACAGCCGGCUGGUGAACGACACAUAGCAGCAGUGCCACCUGGGGAAGGAGGAGGUGCCCAAAGUGCUUACGAACCCCACGAAAGAAGAUGCCGUGACACCACCCACACCCUCGCCCGUUAUCUGCCCACAUUUACCUUGACUUCACUUAGUGAGUUACCUGCUCAGCACUGUGAUCUUUUUUUCUCUCCAAAGGACCCGUGUUGGACAACAAUAAAGAAAACUUCACCUAUCAUGCACUGUACACAUUUCCCGUUCACGGGUUGGGGGUUUACGUAACCUGCGGCCACCGUCUUCCUUUGUAUAGGAUGCAACAGUCUACACGUAAGCUUUUAUAUCCUACGUUCUGGUCAUUUCCAGUCACCUCUGGAAAUAAAGUGUAUUAUUUUCUUGGGAAAACAUAACUUUUCAUAUCUCUUGCCCCAAAGAUUGGGCUGUAAGCCAUUUUCCAGCAGUGUCUAUAUGAAGGUUUCGAAGUACCUGACGACGGGGUUCGAUUCUGAAGUCUUCUACCUGUUGCAUCGAAACUCAAAAUGACAGACACAGAAAGGUCUGGUAAACUUGGGAUUUUGUAAAAUCUGCCGAGACAGUGGGUGAAAACGCGCAAAAAAAGAAAAAAAAAAUUCUGUUAUAAAAUGAUUUUUCUAAGUAUUUCCUAACUUUAUUUUUCAAAAUGAUGUUAUGAAAACCAAAUUUAAAGAUUUUUACAUGUCAGAGAGAAGAGAGCUGAAAUUUUAAAAAUGUUUCUUGGGAGAGAAACUUGUCUAUGUUUCUAGUGCCUUUCUUGUCUUGAUUGUACGGUCAGUAGGCAAUCUUUAAUGUUUUUAUUUAAAAUAAAGUAUUCCAUGAAAAUACAAAUGUAUCUAUACACUACUAAAUUUUGCAUUUAUAGUUAACGUAAAUCAGAAGACUGGUUAUGGUUUUUAAAUUGCUCCGAAUUAAAGAGGCCAACUGAGAAUCAGCGCCUGCCCACAUAUUGUGAGCAGGGGGCAAUGACAUGGACCAUGUAACUUAGUUUAGCAUCUGUUUGAUAGUUUGAUGUUAACUACACAAUGAAAAUAGCCAUGAAUACCCCCUUUUUGUAAAAAGAGGAAAAGAGUUUUAAAAAGGAUCACUUAACUAAAACUUGAAAGCUAUGAAUUAGCUUUUCAUACUCUGUCAUGACAAUUUUGUUGGUGAAAAACACAAAAGAGAUCUAUUUCUUUAAAAUAUAUUUGUGCAGAAACUGCAUGUAACAAUACGUUUUACUCCUACCACACGUGUGUUUGGAGAAGUACUUGCCAACAUGGAGAACAACCUAGUUUUUAAGAAUGAAGAAGCAUCUAGGUCCAUUCUGUAUUGUAUGUGCUGCAGAGUUCUCCUCCGUAGGGCUUUCUGUGUAUUCACAAGGUGAUAUUUGUAUUGUACAAUGAUAACGGUGAAGGAAUAAAAAAGGCUUUUAAAAAUC